UUCCAAGAACAUAAAAAACUCUUUCAUGGAUUAUGCGAGGAUAAUCUUCGCCAUCAUGGGUUUCUCAUCGUCUUUCUUCUUCAUCCUGCCAAUCAUAAAGGCACGGCAGAGGCAACGGACGAUGUUGGAGAAGCUGAGGGUCGUUAGCGAGGCACUGGAAUUUGCGGAGGAAAGAGUUGUGAGGUUACAGGAAAGGUACGAUCGCAUUCUUGGACAGAUAUGUUCGCAUUACCUGACUCAUCAGGACCUCGAGGACGCCUUGGCCGGUGCCCGGGUCGCCAUGAACGAGGCGUUGGGUUUUGCCGUUGAGUUGAGGAAGAUGCAAAUGCAGAUUUUGAAAUCUUUGGCCGGAGAUGUUGAUUGGAUUUUAUAAUAAAUACUCCUAUAUAUAAUUUUAAAUUUGUAAAUUAGGAGGAUGUUUCACAAAAUUUAAAAUUUAUUAAAGAAGAAUUUAUUUU